AGUAUCAAAUAGUAAAUCGGGACAACUAGCCUGGCCAGCCUUGCCCUCACAGCCCCUCAGAGCAGCCCGUCAGGAGGCAGCAGAUGGAUCAAUGGUCAAGCCAGGGGGGAUUUGCUCUGCCACAGGCUACUGGAAAGCAGCUUUUUGCCUCACAGACGUCCACAAAAUGCCUUAUUUUACAAGACUCAUUUUGUUCUUGUUUUGCUUGAUGGUUCUCGUGGAGAGCAGAAAACCCAAGAGGAAGCGAUGGACAGGGCAGGUGGAAAUGCCCAAGCCAAGUCACUUAUAUAAGAAGAACCUUGAUGUGACCAAGAUCCAGAAGGGAAAGCCUCAGCGGCUUCUCAGAGUGGACGAGCACGACUUCAGCAUGAGGCCCGCCUUCGGAGGCCCUGCCAUCCCAGUGGGCGUGGACGUGCAGGUGGAGAGCCUGGACAGCAUCUCCGAGGUGGACAUGGACUUCACUAUGACCCUGUACCUGCGGCAUUACUGGAAGGAUGAGAGGCUAGCUUUCUCCAGCGCCAGCAACAAGAGCAUGACCUUCGAUGGCCGGCUGGUGAAGAAGAUCUGGGUCCCUGAUGUCUUCUUUGUUCACUCCAAAAGAUCGUUCACUCAUGACACCACCACUGACAACAUCAUGCUGAGGGUGUUCCCAGAUGGACACGUGCUGUACAGCAUGAGGAUUACGGUCACUGCCAUGUGCAACAUGGACUUCAGCCACUUUCCCCUGGACUCCCAGACCUGUUCUUUGGAGCUGGAGAGCUAUGCCUAUACAGAUGAAGAUCUAAUGCUGUACUGGAAGAAUGGGGAUGAAUCCCUAAAAACAGAUGAGAAGAUCUCCUUGUCUCAGUUUCUGAUUCAGAAAUUUCACACAACUUCCAGACUGGCCUUCUACAGCAGCACUGGCUGGUACAACCGUCUGUAUAUUAACUUCACGUUGCGUCGCCACAUCUUCUUCUUCUUGCUCCAAACAUAUUUCCCUGCCACUCUGAUGGUCAUGCUGUCCUGGGUGUCCUUCUGGAUCGACCGCAGAGCUGUGCCUGCCAGAGUUUCACUGGGUAUCACGACGGUGCUGACCAUGACCACCAUCAUCACGGGCGUGAAUGCCUCCAUGCCACGCGUCUCCUACGUCAAGGCCGUGGACAUCUACCUCUGGGUCAGCUUUGUGUUCGUGUUCCUCUCGGUGCUGGAGUACGCGGCUGUCAACUACCUGACCACCGUGCAGGAGCGCAAGGAACGGAAGCUGCGGGAGAAGUUCCCGUGCAUGUGUGGAAUGCUUCAUUCAAAAACCAUGAUGCUGGAUGGAAGCUACAGUGAGUCUGAGGCCAACAGCCUGGCUGGGUACCCCAGAAGCCAUAUCCUGACAGAAGAAGAAAGGCAAGACAAAAUAGUGGUCCACCUGGGCCUGAGUGGUGAAGCCAACGCUGCCAGAAAGAAGGGGCUUCUGAAGGGCCAGACGGGUUUUCGUAUCUUCCAGAACACCCAUGCCAUUGACAAAUACUCUAGGUUGAUAUUCCCUGCAUCCUACAUAUUUUUCAACUUAAUUUAUUGGUCAGUGUUUUCCUAGGGGCACCAAGGCUGUUCCUAGAAGAGGGCAUAGACAUCGAGGGGGCCUGGCCAGUCAUUGACAGACGGACUUGUUGACCACACGCCCCUCACCGAACAAUGCAGCAGCUA